AUGGUUUCUCUGGAAGAUUCUCAUUCCGGGUCGAACCAUUUCCCUCUGACCCGGAACUUCUACUCUCCGUCGUCUACCAGGAUUCACCGGAACACCGGCCGGUCCAUGCGGACAAUCCGGUCGAAUUUCUACCAGGAGGAUCAGAGCUGCUGCUCCUUCGCCGAGAGAUCGCCGUUCGUGUCUGAGAAUCUGACCGAUUCCGUUGUGGACAUGCGUCUCGGCGAGCUGGCCCUGCGCACCUCCACCAGCUCCGGCAAGUCCACCGCCGCGUCCGCCGAGGAGUUCCUCCAGCUCUCCCAAGCCUUCAGCGACUUCUCCGCCUGCAGCAGCGACAUCUCCGGAGAACUGCAGCGGCUCGCCUGCUUGCCGUCGCCGGAAAACGCGCCGAGAUCGGAGUCGGAGCCGGAACCGUGCGAGGGGUUUUUACAGAGGGAGAAUUUCUCCACUGAGAUUAUCGAGAGCAUUUCGCCGGAGGAUCUCCAACCGACGGUCAAGAUCUGUGUGGACGGGCUUCAUUCACCGUCGAUUGCCGUCAAGCAAUCCGCUGCGGCCAAGCUGAGGCUUCUGGCUAAGAACCGAGCUGAUAAUCGGGCUUUGAUCGGCGAGUCAGGUGCGGUGCCUGCUCUGAUUCCUCUGCUCCGGUGCAGUGAUCCUUGGACUCAAGAACACGCUGUAACUGCUUUGCUCAACCUAUCGCUUCACGAAUCAAACAAGGCUAUAAUCACCAAUGCCGGAGCUAUAAAGUCGUUAGUGUAUGUACUCAAGACCGGAACGGAGACCUCUAAGCAAAACGCAGCUUGUGCUCUUCUGAGCUUGGCGUUAAUGGAGGAGAACAAGAGCUCAAUCGGAGCUUGCGGAGCUAUUCCUCCUUUGGUUUCGCUGUUGAUAAGUGGAUCCAUGAGAGGAAAGAAAGAUGCUUUGACGACUCUGUACAAGCUCUGCUCGAUCAGGCCUAAUAAAGAGAGGGCAGUGAGUGCCGGAGCGGUGAAGCCUUUGGUGGCGCUUGUGGCGGACCAGGCGACUGGCUUGGCGGAGAAGGCGAUGGUGGUGCUGAGUAGCUUGGCUGGAAUCGAGGAGGGGAAGGAGGCUGUUGUUGAGGAAGGUGGGCUUGCAGCACUUGUGGAAGUGAUUGAAGAUGGUUCAGUGAAAGGGAAGGAAUUUGCGGUUCUGACGCUGUUGCAGCUGUGUACUGAGAGUGUGAGGAAUAGAGGGUUGCUAGUCAGAGAAGGAGGGAUUCCGCCUUUGGUUGCGCUUUCGCAGUCUGGGACUGUUAGAGCUAAGCACAAGGCUGAAACGCUUCUUGGGUAUCUGAGAGAGCCGAGGCAAGAAGCGUCCUCUUCAAGUCCUUAAAGAAGAGAAUAUAGGUACUUUUACUACUUAGAGAGGAUCUAUGUCUAUGGUGCCAUUGUUGGUUGUUUUUGAUGUAUAUAGGGAGUGUUAUUUUCCUGGUUUGUACAGUGUGGUUAAAAAUCUAGGAAGAAUGUGAUUGUAGAAGGGAGAGGUUAGAGGGAGCUAGUGAGUAAGACACUGACUCUUAGAUGUAUGAUUUUUAACUAGGUUUUGGGGCAUUUCUAUCUUGUCUCCUCUUCCCCAUUUUUUUAUUGACUUGGUUUUUGUAGGGGUGGAAUACUUGUUUGCCUUCUUGUUUUUGGGUUGAUAAGAUUUGGGUUCUUAUCCUUGUGUUUUGUCUGGGUAACCCGAAUUUUCCUUGUAAUGACAGAUAGUAUGAACUGCUUGGACAAUAUAUUUAUAUCC